AUGAGGAACAUACUUCCAAAGCAAGCCAUUUACAUAGGUGCGAAGGCUCCGAACUUCCAAGCUAUGACAUCUUUGGGUCCAAUGGACUUUUAUCAAUAUACGCAGGGAAAGUGGUGUGUGUUCUUCUCGCACCCUGCCGAUUUUACACCAAUUUGUACAACAGAGAUUGGUGCUUUUGGUGCUUUACAAGAUGAAUUUACAAAUCGAGACUGUGUAUUACUAGGUCUUUCAACGAAUAAUAGAGCUUCUCACCUCAGGUGGAUACAAGAUAUUGAGGCAAUCACAGGCGUCAAGAUAAAUUUUCCAAUAAUCUGCGAUGAAGAAAAAAAAGUCGCAACACAGUUUUCGAUGAUUGAUGUAAAUGCUUUAACAAACGGUGAACCUGCAUUGACUCCCUUAAGAGCUGUGUAUAUCAUUGAUCCGAAUAAGAUUGUACGAUUGAUUCAAUUAUAUCCUUUGUCUACAGGAAGGAACACAGCUGAGGUUUUAAGGUGUUUGGACUCAUUGCAGCUUGUAUACAAAACGGAUGGAAAAAUUAUGACACCCAUUAAUUGGAUACCAGGUGAUGAUAUAGUAGUUGUUCCAGAUCUUGAAAAUUGCAGCAUGUUUCCUCAUAGGAGAACUAUCAGGGACUACUUGCAACUCUCGCCGUUAGAUCCAAACAGUUUAGACUGA